GUAAGAAAAUCAAAAGCCAUGCUAAUAAAUUUCACGUCGGCUUCUCGUCCCGUAGUAAAUCCUCUCUUCUCCGCAGCCCGUCUCGAAUCUUCUAUCUGCUUCAAAAUGCAAUUCUCCAACGCCGCCAGAGCGUCGCAGACAGUGCAGCACGUGCCGAGCUUGUCGGCGCCGGAAAUGGAGCGUGUCUGGCAGCAGACAGCCGCGCGAUACUCUCUCGGGCAAUCCCCUCACCGCCGCGGCAAAGGAUCCUCCAUCGUCUGGUUCAGAAACGACCUUAGGGUUUUCGACAACGAGGUUUUGUUCAAGGCGUGGGUUUCCUCCGAGGCUGUCCUUCCCGUCUACUGCAUCGAUCCGAGAAUGUUCGGAACCACUCAUUAUUUCGGCUUCCCCAAAACCGGUGGUCUAAGAGCACAAUUUGUGAUGGAAUGUUUAGCGGAUUUAAAAUUAGGGCUAACGAAGAAAGGUCUGAAUCUUCUAAUUCGUCAAGGGAAUCCCGAGGAUGUUCUUCCAGCUCUCGCAAAAGAGUUCGGAGCCCACACUGUUUACGCGCAGAAAGAAACCUGCAGCGAGGAGGUCAAAGUCGAGAGAUUAGUUUCUAGAAACUUGCAGAAGCUUCCUAACGAUGGCGGAAAAUUGAAAUUGGAGUUGAUUUGGGGAUGUAGUCUUUACCAUAUCGAUGAUCUUCCAUUCAGCUGUCAAUCCUUACCCGAUGUCUACACUCAGUUCCGGAAGUCUGUCGAGUCGAAGGCUGCAAUAAGGAGUUGCAUCAAGCUCCCAGAAUCGCUCGGCCCUGCUCCAAAUGUUCGAGACUGGGGAAACAUUCCGGAGGUUUCCGCGCUGGGGCUUUCACCGCAGAAGGUCGAAAAAGGAAUGGCAUUCGUCGGGGGCGAAACCGGAGCUCUAAGUCGCGUGCACGAGUAUUUCUGGAAAAAGGAUCUCUUGAGGAAAUACAAAUUAACCCGGAACGGAAUGUUGGGACCCGAUUAUUCGACCAAGUUUUCGCCUUGGCUCGCGUCGGGAAGCCUUUCGCCGCGCUUUAUUUACGAAGAGAUUAAGAGAUACGAAAAACAGAGAGAAGCGAACGACUCUACUUAUUGGGUGUUGUUCGAACUUAUUUGGCGAGACUACUUUCGAUUCUUGUCGAUCAAGGAAGGGAACUCGAUUUUUCAUCCCGGUGGUCCGCGAAAGGUACGCGCAAAUUGGAGCCAAGACGAGGCGCUUUUCGACGCGUGGCGAAAUGGGGAGACGGGGUAUCCUCUUAUCGACGCGAAUAUGAAAGAGUUGUCGACUACCGGAUUCAUGUCCAAUCGCGGACGACAGUCGAUUUUUCGACAGAUUGUGUGUUCGUUCCUCGUCCGGGACAUGGGCAUCGACUGGCGGAUGGGCGCUGAAUGGUUCGAGACGAGUCUUUUGGACUACGAUCCGUGUUCGAAUUACGGGAAUUGGACAUACGGCGCAGGUGUAGGGAACGACUCUAGAGAGGACCGUUACUUUAGUAUUCCGAAACAAGCUCAAAACUACGAUCCGGACGGCGAUUUUGUGGCUUUCUGGUUGCCUCGGCUAAGACCGCUGCCUAAAGAGAAGCGACACCGUCCCGGAAUGUCGUAUUUGAAGCCGAUCGUAGCUCUUAAGUUUGCGAAUACGGCGCCGCAAAUGAAUGCCGGAAAAAAGAAUGGGAAAAGUGUGCCAUAGCUGAACUUGGAUCAUUCAUCUUUAGGGACGAUGGAAAUAACUUGUUAUGUAAAGAGUAAAAGUAUGUCGAUUUAAUCGAGUGUUGCCCCAAAAUUCAGUUCAGUUAGGGUGCUAGCCCAUUCAACAUAUAAAAAUAUUAUAGACAGGAAAUAAAUAUAGAAUAGACAUUACAGGCCGUAUAGAGUAUUCGUGUCUACUGUCAAUUUUAUUAUAUAUAUAUAUAUAUAUAUAUAUUGUGUUAGUAGACUAUGUAGUGAAAUAAAUUGAAGUAUAUGUUGUAUGAACUACUAUAAUUAUUUGUUAGUUUAUAUGUUGCAUUUAUAUUA